AUGAACUACUCCAGCAUCACCACCAACAAAAUUUCUCAGGUGAUUUUUGCUGGUAUUAAGUGUGGCAUCGCAAAAUUAAGUGUGGCACACAGGGGUAUAGGCUCUUAUCCUGUUCCGUAA